UAUGCGCGAGGCGCCCGUCAAGUGUUGACAGAAGCAGCAGGAACUGUCAAAGCGAACUAGCUAGCUAGCAAGCUAACGACCGCGAACCCGAAUGGAGAGAUUAUAACGCAAUUUGUCAAGAAAAACAACCAACAUUGUUUAAGAUAACACUGCUUACAGUGUAAAUCUACAACGAAGCAAUGGCAGAGGACCAAAGUACUCAACCAUGGUCCAUCAAUAAGGAUGACUAUGUUCUCAAUGAGGUGAUAGGGAGUGGUGCCACAGCUGUGGUGCAGGCAGCCUACUGUGAGCCAAGAAAGGAGAGAGUGGCCAUCAAGCGCAUCAACCUGGAGAAAUGUCAGACCAGCAUGGAUGAGCUCCUGAAAGAGAUUCAAGCUAUGAGUCAGUGCCAUCACCCGAACAUUGUUUCCUACUACACCUCCUUUGUAGUGAAGGAUGAGCUAUGGUUGGUCAUGAAGCUGCUAAGUGGUGGCUCGGUGUUGGACAUCAUCAAGCAUAUCAUCUCCCGUGGGGAACACAAGAAUGGGGUGCUAGAUGAGUCCAGCAUUGCCACCAUUCUGAGAGAGGUACUGGAGGGCCUGGAGUACCUUCACAAGAACGGACAGAUUCACAGGGAUCUGAAGGCAGGAAACAUUCUGCUUGGAGACGAUGGGUCGGUGCAAAUUGCAGAUUUUGGUGUGAGUGCCUUUCUAGCAGCCGGAGGUGACAUGACCAGGAACAAGGUGCGGAAGACGUUUGUUGGAACUCCUUGCUGGAUGGCCCCGGAGGUGAUGGAGCAGGUCAGGGGUUAUGACUACAAAGCAGAUAUCUGGAGCUUCGGGAUAACCGCCAUCGAACUGGCCACAGGAGCCGCGCCUUAUCAUAAAUACCCACCCAUGAAGGUGUUGAUGCUGACCCUGCAGAAUGACCCCCCCUCUCUGGAGACGGGCAUCACAGACAAGGAGAUGGUGAAGAAGUACGGCAAGUCCUUCAGAAAGAUGAUCUCUCUGUGUUUACAGAAGGACCCGGAGAAAAGGCCAACAGCUGCUGAACUUCUGAAGCACAAGUUUUUCACUAAAGCAAAGAGUAAUGAGUACUUGGAGGAGAAGCUGCUUCAGAAGGGGCCAACGAUAACCGACCGAUCGAAAAAGGUGCGUAGGGUCCCUGGCUCAAGUGGCCGGCUCCACAAGACCGAGGACGGAGAGUGGGAGUGGAGCGACGACGAGCUGGAUGAAGAGAGUGAAGAAGGGAAGGCUGCUGUGGCGGCAUUAAGGUCACCCAGAGUGAAGGAUGGAUCUCAAAAUUUAGAGAUCUUCCCCCCUGCAGAUGGGAGCUCUGGUCUCCUGCAGCCCUCAGGUCCAGUCAAGGACCUCUCAGACACCAGCCAGGCCCCAGCAGAAACCACCCAGACAGCAAGCCUUUCACAAGUCCCCUCUGCACAGGACCCAGCUGCUCCUAAUGCGCUCAAAGUUCCUAUCAGCCUGGUACUGAGGUUGAGGAAUUUAAAGAAAGAACUGAAUGACAUUCGGUUUGAGUUCAUGCCAGGCAGAGACUCAGCUGAUGGGGUCUCUCAGGAGUUGGUUUCUGCAGGGCUGGUUGAUGGGAAAGACCUAGUUGUUGUGGCUGCCAAUCUGCAGAAAAUUGUUGAUGAUCCCCAAAACAAUAAAAAUGUCACAUUUAAACUUGCUUCCGGCCUGGAUGAGUCUGAAAUUCCUGACGAUGUAAAGCUUAUGGGAUUUGCUCAGCUCAGCAUAAGUUAACUCACAGACAACGGACAACAAAGGACAACAAGAGAUGGUAUUGCACAGAUGCAUAGUACUCAAUUCCAAGAAACCACUACUGCCAAAGAGAAGAGCUAAGUCAUCAUCCCACAGGACUGCUGGCUGCAGGUGGACCUGUUUCAGAAAGGGCCCAGUACAAAACAUGAGUCUUGAAGAGCUUACAGCGGGCAUGUUAAUGGGAGGAUGCAAUCAACUACUUGGGCUUUCUUUCUGUUUUCAUACAUUAGCGCAAUCCAUGCAAACUCCUGCCAGUACUGGAAGUCAUUACAAUAAAGGCCUUUUUAUCAAAUGUGCCACUGAACACACAACGUAAGUGUUGUGCCACGGCUAUUUAGCAUCUUGAUACUAGUAUUGGAAUUUAUUCAACGUAAACAGAGACUUGGAUUUAGCUAGCAUGAUAUGAUGGAAAUAGUCAUUUCUGUGGUUAACAUUUAGGAAUCAGACAACAUAGCCCAUUGUUUUUAAGAGACCGCUUGUGUAUAGUUUAUUUGGAAAUCUAUUUGACGACCUACCAUUCAAGUAUUGGUUAAAUAACUUCCAGACUUUAAUCUAAUAAAAUUGGGAACCCCAGUUCUUCA